AUGGGUUGGCCCCGGCUGCCCAACUGUCUGCGCUGCGGCCAGAAGGAAUUCACGUUGUCCACUGAGAAGAUCGCGGACUCGCAGGAUGAGAACACGGAACGGGGCAACUGGUCCAGCAAAACGGACUACCUGCUGUCCAUGGUCGGCUACGCGGUGGGCCUGGGCAAUGUGUGGCGGUUCCCGUACCUGACCUAUCAGAACGGAGGAGGAGCCUUCCUGAUCCCCUACACCAUCAUGCUGGCCCUGGCCGGCCUCCCUCUCUUCUUCAUGGAGUGCUCCCUGGGACAGUUUGCCAGCUUGGGACCCGUGUCAGUUUGGAGAAUUCUCCCUCUACUUCAAGGUGUGGGAAUCACCAUGGUGAUUAUCUCCACCUUUGUGACCAUCUAUUACAACGUCAUCAUUGCCUACAGCCUCUACUACUUGUUCGCCUCCUUCCAAAGCGUCCUGCCGUGGGACGAAUGCAACCCGGAGUGGGCAGACCAGAAAUGCAGCAAGACAAUCCUGUUCCUGUGCAAUGUCACGAUGGGCAACACAAGCGUCCAGAUGAAUAACACAGAAGUGGAGAGGCAGAACCUUACCUGCAUCAACAACACCCAGGUGAUUGUAGAUACGCAGGUUCCCAGCGAGCAGUAUUGGAACAACAAAGUCCUCCAGCGGUCGGAUAGCUUAAGCGACACCGGGGUGAUCGUGUGGUAUCUGGCGCUUUGCCUCCUCCUUUCUUGGCUGAUCGUGGCUGUUAGCUUGUUCAAAGGGAUCAAGUCUUCUGGGAAGGUUGUCUACUUCACAGCCAUCUUCCCUUACGUUGUCCUGAUUAUACUGCUGGUGCGAGGUGCCACCUUGGAAGGUGCCCGCGAGGGGAUUGAAUACUACAUCGGGACCCAAUCUAAUAUUACCAAACUUGUCGAGGCAGAGGUGUGGAAAGAUGCAGCCACGCAGAUCUUCUUCUCGCUCUCUGUCGCCUGGGGUGGGCUGGUCGCCCUCUCCUCCUACAACAAAUUCCACAACAAUUGCUACGCAGAUGCCAUUUUCGUCUGUGUGACCAACUGUUGCACCAGCGUCUUUGCCGGCUUCGCGAUCUUCUCCAUCUUGGGGCACAUGGCCUUCAGGGCCAACAAGCCCGUCUCCGAGGUUGUCGAUUCAGGAUUUGACCUAGCCUUCGUGGCCUACCCCGAAGCCCUGUCCCAGCUCCCAGUGGCCCCUCUCUGGUCCUUCUUGUUCUUCUUCAUGCUUCUCCUUCUGGGUCUCGAUUCCCAGUUUGCCACCAUAGAAACCAUCACCACCACCAUCCAAGACAUCUACCCCGCAGUGAUGAAGAAAAUGAGGGUGGUGGUGACGAUGGGGUUGUGUCUGCUGCUCUUUCUGAUUGGGCUCGUCUGUGUGACCCAGGCAGGAAUCUACUGGGUCAACCUGGUGGACCAUUUCUGUGCGGGCUGGGGGAUCCUCUUUGCAGCUAUCCUGGAACUGCUGGGAAUUUGCUGGAUUUAUGGGGGAAACCGGUUCAUUGAAGACAUCGAGAUGAUGAUUGGGAAGAAAAGCUUCCUCUUCUGGCUGUGGUGGAGAGCCUGCUGGUUUUUCAUCACCCCUUGCCUCUUGGUGGGCAUCCUGGUUUGGUCCCUGAUGACUUUUUCGCCCCCCACGUAUGGCAAGAAGGAGUACCCAGAGUGGGGAUCUGCCGUCGGCUGGUGCAUGAUCGUUUUCUGCCUCAUCUGGAUCCCGAUAGUGGCCAUUUACAAGAUCUCCAGGUCCAAAGGCAACCUGUGGCAGCGCAUCGUCUCCUGCUGCAAGCCCAAACCCACCUGGGGGCCGUCCCUGGAGUGUCACCGGGGAGAGCGGUACAAGGACAUGGUGGAUCCAGUCAAGAAAGAGGACGUCGAGAUCCCCACCGUGGACGGCUACAUCCGCAAGCUGGAGUAAAGGGGGGGGCUGCUGCAGGCUGAGGGUCCCACUGAACCCCCAGCGAAAUCCAUGCAGCCGAAGGGACUCCGUG